AUGACCAACAACGACAACCUCACCCUCCAGAUCCUCCGCAACGCCUCCAAGGGCAAGUACGCCAUCCUCGCCCAGAGCUGCUAUGACGCACAGAGCGUCGUCGCCCUGAUCCGGGCGGCCGAGGCGGCAAACUCGCCGGCCAUUGCCCAGCUCUUUCCCGUCACCAUGGCCCAGUUUGGCAUCCACUUUGUCCGCUUCGUCGUGUCGGCCUGCCACGCCGCAAAGGUGCCCAUCUCGGUCCACGUCGACCACGCCGCCACCCACGAAGACAUCUCGCGCGUCCUCGACUUUGCCGACCAGGGCGCCGCCGUCGACUCGAUCAUGAUUGACUGCUCCCACCACGACUCGGACGAGGAAAACAUCCAGAUGGCCACGCCCUACUGCCAGCGCGCCUCCAGGCUCGGCAUGGCCGUCGAGGUCGAGCUCGGUCGCCUGGCGGGAGGCGAGGCGGGCGUCCAGACCAUCGAGGAGGGCGCGCUCACCAAGCCGGAAAAGGCGGAAAAGUUCCUCUCGGCGCUCGGCGUCGAGCUGCUGGCGCCCAGCAUCGGAAACAUCCACGGGCCCUAUGUCAACCCGCCCGACUUCCGCCUCGAGCUGCUCGACGAGCUCCAGGCCGCCGUCGGGCCCUCGACGCCCUGCGACGCCCUCAUUGUCCUGCACGGCACCGACGAGCUGCCGGACUCGCUCUUCCGCCAGUGCGUCGAGCGCGGCUGCGUAAAGAUCAACGUCAACUCGUGGGCCCGCGACCCGCAGGUCCGCUACUGGGCCGCCCACCUCGAGAAGCAGGGCCUCAACGACGUCUACGACGGCGGCAUGGACGCCUUUGCUAAGGCCUGCUCGCGCUUCUUCCACCUGCUCGGCAGCGCCGGCAAGGCCUAA